AUGAUCCACUUGGCCAGUAAUCCAGCUAUUCAUGGGGUGACAGCAACAGGUGAAUCACAUCAUAAGGUCAUGUCUGCUCCAUUACCACUGGCCAAUCCUGGUUUAUCUUCAACCAAUCUGGCUGAUUGUGAGCUUUAUGAGUCAUUUUUGACUGAUAAACCUGCCUCUCAGGGUGGAAGCCUGGCUAUUAUAACUUUCUGGGCCACAACAAGCCAGCAAAUGUUGGGCAAACCCUCCUAUAUGGGCAUGAAAUCUAUGAAAAUUGUCAAUGACAAACGUCAAAUCACUGUACUGGUUGUAUUUAGGAUCCAUGUCACAAAGAAGCCAGUAGCUGGUGAAGUCAGUCAAUUGAUUGGAGGAAAGAAGAAAGAUGAGAUCAAGUUUGGCACCACCAAUUUGAGCUCCUUCAACAAUCAGAAGAUUAUUGGGCUUAAAACUUGCCUUUUUGGUAAAAGUUUGGAUGACUUCAAACUUUUGUGA